AUUACACAACGGAUUAUUUCACACUUCUGUUAAUUACAUGGAAUCCCCCAAUCUGUACGGUGUGACUGAGUUACUUCGCUUUAUUGCACCAGCCGCAUAAUUGAACGAAAUACACUGGCAAAUAGGGUGUGCAAUUAGACGGCUCGCGCUCCUACUGUACUACUAAGCGUAGCGAGUUAAUUGCGUCAGCAUUGUGCAAACCUAGUUGGCUUAUUGACUUUCUCAAAUGAAAUGCUAAUUAACUACUCGGUGUUUGGAGUUUUCACUUUUACUCUCUUUUUCUCCAAUCCGUUCACAGAAUUAUGUGGACAAUCAUACUCGUCACCUGCGUCGCGUUGUUCGUGUAUCAGUCCGCCAUCCUGAUCAAGUCGUACUUCGAGUACCCGGUGAAUGUCGACAUCAAGGUUGUAGACAGCAAGAAGCUCACUUUUCCGUCAGUCACGGUCUGCAACAACAACAGGCUGCGAAAAUCCAUGCUGCGGGGAUCCCGGCAUGAAUCUUUGCUCGAGCUGGACGAGCGAACAGCACGUGAUGUGUCGGACUACUUGUGGGCAAAGCAAGUAGGUGACCUGGGUGGCCCUCCUGACUAUGGUGUACCUCCAGGAUCCAGCCCGGAGGAGGAAUUGAACAUCUCUCCCCAAAUGUGUGUGCAAUCGGGAUGCACGGCUAAAGUCCCCGGAUGCAGUAAUCCGCUUGGCAUGGAAAGCGGCAAAAUUCUCGAUCACCAAAUUUCAGCGUCGUCAUUUGACGAGCAUCCACCAGUUUACGGUCGCUUGAAUUCCAUGGUCCCGUGGCAAUUUGAUCCCUAUUAUGACGAGAAUCCGCGGUUCGAGGUAGAUUUUGGCAAAACAGUUAUUCUGACGGGACUCAUAACCCAAGGAGACGAGGAAUCAGUUCAGACUUACGCCAUACAGCACGGCAUGACGUCAUCUGAUUGGAUUGAUUAUGUAGAUGAGUAUGGGGAAGCCGUCCUCUUCUGCGGUCAUGUCAACGGCAAUGGCUACAACUUCCAACAUCUGUCACACCCUGUCUUUACCCGACGCAUUGCCAUUCUGCCUCGUUUCAAUGGUGGGGGCAGAAAGAAUCUCCGUGUGGAGUUUUUGGGAUGUGAAGAAGAUGACUGCAUGUAUGCUCGUGCUCCAUUUCCAAUGAUAAACACUAUAGAUCCCAGCUCCAUCAGCUGCAGCAGUAAAGACUGCGUGUCCAAUGUCACCACAUACCGAGGGACAGUACACUCUUCUGGUAACUCCACUUGCCAAAACUGGACUUGCCCAAACCGUCACUUUGACUUCUGCCUGGAGGAAAACUUCUGCCGAUUUGCACCUGAUGAAAACAGCACCGAAUUAGUCUGUCCUUCUGUCUCGGAUUCCGGCCAAGUAAAUCUGACUUCCCAUCCCUGUCAGUCCAUCGCAAAAUGUCCAAUCAGCGAGACUGACGACGAACCAGUAUUCCCCACACGGCACAAGUUUUACCAACACGCUUUUGCCGCUCAGUACUGUGAAGAACGAGGAAAACAACUGUGUUCACUGGAACAACUCGUUUUGCUAAACACCUUUCGAGGCAUCGUGGCAAGUGAAUGGGGCUGGAUCAAUGACUCUGGUUUGGAAGCCACGUUUGAAGAAGACUGCACCAACACAACUACGGAACUCUGCUUUAAAAAUAUAUAUCGUUAUCGCCAAUCGAACGCCGUGAGCAGUGUGGCCUACUGCUGUGACUCCCUGUUUGAACUUACAGAAGAAACCUACAAGAAUCACAGCAGUGCAGAAACGGCCUGCCAUGACAGGGGCAUGGAGAGCGGCAUCAUUACACAUGAUCAGAUCAAUACCUCCUCUUUCUCUGACCAACAACACACACCAAACCAUGCCCGCCUCAACAGCAGGUCCUAUUGGAUGAUGGACGAAGAUGACACCAUGUCAUGGAUACAAGUAGACUUACGUGACUCACAUGUACUAGCAGGGGUGAUCACACAAGGAGGUGGUAGCGCUGGCGGUUAUGUCACAACCUUCUCUUUAUCCUUUGGUGUCGAUGGAAAUCAGUGGCAGACAUACACCGACGACGAGAGUACACAGCACUCGACGGUGUUCUGGGGAAGUAAAGAUGACUUCACUCCAAACCACGUCUACUUAUCACGCGCAGUCACAACUCGAUACGUGCGUUUGCACCCGCUGUCAUGGAAAGGACGUGGUGGACUUCGCUUGGAAAUAGUCGGCUGCACAUCUUCUAGCUGUAGUCUAAGAAAUACAAACCACAAGACGGUACAGUUUUAUCACCGUCAUCAGGUGAUGUGUACAGAACCCGAAUGUAUUGCUGGGCGUGGCAUUAACUACAGGGGCAAGCAAAACGUCACCAGGACCGGCCGAACGUGUCAGAAAUGGGAUUCCCAUGAUCCACAGUAUCAUUGUACCACACCCUCGCUGUACCCGGAUGCAGAUCUCUCCGAAAACUACUGCCGUAACAUACCGGAUUACCCAGCCAAGGCACCAUGGUGCUACACCGGAGAACAGGACUGGGAAUACUGCAGUAUUGAACGUUGCGAAGUAGGCUGCGUUGACUUGAAGCUAAACUCUGUUGCUGGAGAGAACGACUGGGCCGAAUUCCUCCUCAGCUCUAACACAGAUGACUACACAGACAUCACAGACUUUUCAAUGGCUACGAGAGAGGAGAUUGUAGAGAUGGGUCAUCGUAAGGAAGAGCUCAUUCUCCAAUGCACGUUUGACAAAGAACGUUGCUCAUUGGAUGAUUUCAAAGUGAUACAGAACGCCAAGUAUGGCAACUGUUUCACUUUUAACCAUGGUGAAGACGGCUUAGUGCGAAACACGACCAAGGUAGGAGCGGAGUACGGUUUAAAACUGACACUUUCAAUCGAGGCGACCGAAUACGUAGGGCUCUUCGGUCAGUCCCCAGGCGCAAAAAUUACAAUCCAUGGCGUAGGGUCAACACCAUUUCCUGAAGGCAACGCUAUCAAUACCAAACCCGGAGAGAGUACUUUCGUCGGCUUGAAACGUAGUUCAUUACGAAGACAGUCGUUUCCGUACGGAGACUGCACUUCCUAUCAGGAAAGAGAUGUGUUGUACGAUGGGAUGUACACGUACGAGACUUGUCAACAUUCGUGUCUGCAGGCAGCAUUGCUGGAGAAGUGCGGCUGUUCUGAUGAGCUGAUUGCCAUAAAUAGUACACUGUGUAGUGUACUGAACAAUACACAAGAGUGUUGUCGUCAGGAAGUCCGAAAACGCCACGAGGACGGCGACUUGCUCUGCGACUGUCACCAAUCCUGUACUGAGGAUUCCUACACACUUUGGCUGUCAUCUUCCCUGUGGCCGUCAGAUAGUUACGUCUGGUACGUGCUGGAGAACAUUCACACCAGAAGUCAGUCUCAAAAUCUACCACUCAACCCCGAAGAACUGCGUCAAAAUCUCGCGAGGGUCCACGUGUACUUCCGUGACUUGAACUACGAGUUGAUCACCGAGAAUCCAACCUAUACUGAAGAAUCAUUACUUAGUGGCCUAGGUGGACUUUUGGGGCUGUAUGUAGGACUAUCAGUCAUUACAGUAUUCGAGUUCAUCAACCUGCUAGUGGACGUUUUCAAAGUUGCUUGUGACAAAGAAACAAAAGAUAGGAGCACUACAGGAACUCCAGUCAUUACAUCUAAGCUAACGGUAUAGAUGUACAUUUCAGGGCCGCAAAUUAGGAGGCAUCAGCAUUGUAGAUGAAUAAAGAAAAUAUCAUGAUAACUUGAUACAAAAGUAAGUGGCGUUGUAAUUUUGUAACGGCGUAAUGGAAACGCUCUGUACAGUUACUGUGUUUCGAUGACUGUGUACAUGUGUAGGUCAAUAUAUCUAUAUAUAUCCUCACCUCACCUAUCCCUUGACCUUCUUGUGGGUCGUUGGGGCCCCAUGAUAGUUCGUUGCACCAGCCUCCUCCAUCUAGCUCGGUCUUCCGCCCUACGCAUGUCUGUCUGUCUGUCUCCCUCUGUCUACAUAUAUAUAUAUAUAUAUAUAAUGCAGACCUGUAAGUUAUGCAAAACUAGUACGCGUGUAUUGUAUGCAACUUCGUUAAAUAUUACCCACAUUAAUAGAUUCUUCACGUUCAAGUUCCUCAGAAACGUUCUUCCAAACACGCUUGAUAGCUUCGUAAGACUAGAUUUCUGAUUCAAUGCUAGAUUAACCACCUAAAUCGAAUGUCCCUUCCACAAUAGAUUGUUUAAUAUGAAUGGAAAAUUGAUUGUAGUAGCCUCCCUACCGGCUUGAAUGGUUUUACAUCCCUGAUUAGCCUUAAAUGUAAUCUCACAAUCCACCUACAUUUAUUCCCGAACUGAACCUGACCUUUCUUUGGUAGGUAGGUUUUAAAUCAACCCAUGUAUUCUUUCUUCCUUUCCACUCAUUAUCGUAUUUUACAAACUGACAUCGCCAUUCUGUGAAUUAUUUUCAGAGUGAGGUAUGUUUUAUUUUAAUGUAUAGUUUUCAUAUGUAAUCAAUUAUUGUAUAUUUAGGUCUUGCAAUGUACCAUCGUUGAUAUUCUCUGAUUUGCUAUGAUAUUGUUAUUAUUUUUCUUAUAAUUUAUUCAUACUUUAGUUUUAUUAUCAUUUCUGAUAUUGAAUUGUUAUUAUCUAAUUUCAUUUACUGUCAAUCUAUUUUCUGGUUGGUUACAUUUAUGUCAUUAUCUUUUAACAUUGAUGGCGGGCUCGAAAACAAACAAGCCCUGUGGCUUUUAUUCAACAAGUGUUCUUUUUCGCUCCAUGUUUUGUUAAUUAAUUUUGGAAUGUGAAAAUAAAUCAAAUCAAAAUCAGUCCUCACAAUUGAUUACGCGAUUAUUUGAAAAAUGUUUGAAAAUAGCCAACACGAGCAUUUGGGUAGCAUUUUUUUUACAAUAAUGUUUAUCACUGUUUAUUUCCUAUGAUUAUACCAUAUACUUGAAUUUAGCUUGCAAAUAAACUUCUAUUGAUAACCAAAUAUGUACUUUGACAAGGAUAACUCAUGUGUCCUAA